UUAUACCCCAGUUAUGUAUAAUGAUCGUAUUUUCAUUAUCAUUUCAGCGUAUUUUACAGACAGUGCCACUUGGGAGAGUUCGAAUUUUAACAGUGCUGAAGCUGCUGUCGACAACGUUUAGUUCUGGCAUCAUAGUAAUAUUGCCUGCUUUUGAAUCUUCCGUUCGAGGUCGAGUUAGUAAAUCGUCUUUAUAUCGUUAUAAUUGUAAAAUUUGGUAUUAUCGUAGCUUUUGAAUGAUACCAUGAUGGCUUCCAUGGAUCACAUAUUACCGCCCAAUUUACAGUGCCCAAUAUGUUUGGAACUUUUUGAUGAUCCUAAACAGUUAUCUUGUGAGCAUACAUUUUGUAAGAGAUGUCUUCGUGAUUUGUUGGCAUGCUCUUCACAGAGUUAUGAAAAUUGCCUAAAAUGCCCAGUUUGUCAGACCACGACAGAUGUCGAUGGUGGUAUUAUAGGAAAUCUCAACACAAAUGUUCCUCUCAAGUGUCUCCUAGAAGAGUACAGAAGAAAGAAGGGCCUUUGUGGAAUGUGCGAUAAAAAAGCAGAAGCCAAGCUUCAUUGUCGUGACUGCGAGAAGGAGAUGUGUAGAGCUUGCCUAAAAAUCCAUAACAAGUGGUCGCCCAACAUCAAGCAUGAAGUUAUUUCCUUAAAGGACAUCAGGAAGGGGGUGAUGGUCUUCAACGAAAAGGUGUACUGUCAAGAACAUAAGUCCGAUGGGAAAGAUCAUGUCUGUACCGAUGUCUGUAAUACUUGUAAUAAGUUUAUUUGUAUGAGAUGUCGGAUGCUGUUUCAUGAAAAGAAAGGUCACUCUGUCAUUGACGCUGACGACUAUAAGAGUUCUAUCCGAAAAGAAAUUGAUUAUCUAAUUGACCAAGGGAAAAUAAAAACCAAGACACUCAACAAUCAUGUAGCCUAUGUUAAAAGUCAAAUGGACCGUGUAAUUGAUCACACUGACAGCAUACAGGCUCAAAUAAACAAAGAUUAUGAUGACAUGUGCAAGAAACUAAAGAAACGAAAACAUGAACUGGAUUGGCAGCUGUAUCUUCAGAAGAAGGAACUCCGCAAGAGACUAGAGGAAAUGAAAGACGCCAGUGUGAAAAUGGUCCUGAAUAUCGAGAAGGCGAGCGUGUUAGCUGGCUUCAGUUUAAAUGCACCGCUUAGAGGCAUCACCAUUGCCAUUCAUGAAGCACUUUCAAGUGAAUUAAAGACAGUCCUCGAUACGGAUAACCCAGAACAGAAGCUUGCUUGUGACAUAGCUGAACGGGCUGAGGAAAUAAUGUUUGACCAAAAGAGUCAGUGUGAUCAGCUAGAGAUAGGGGAUAUCUUAUUCGUGAAACGUUGGCUGAAAUGUGACGUUGGUCUCACCAAGGAGAACACCAUCAAUACGAUGGCUGCUACCUCGGAUGGUAUGAUGGCAGUAGGAUACAGUACAGGGGGAAUCGACGUCUUCAAUGCUGAUGGCCAACUACAGACAACAGUACUCAAAGACGUAAAUAUCCUAGGAGUAGGAUUCCUUUCUGAUGGUCGGCGUGUUGUACUAUCCACCAGUAAUAUAAUGACAUUGUACACAUCAGAAUGGGAGAUACAGAGCACAAGGUUUCAGACUCUGGCUCUUGAUGAAGCAGGAAUCGCUGACCUCACCAUUGGCGAUGAAAAUCAGAUCUACAUCAGUUACAGGACAGCUAAGCAGAUCCACGAAUUCACACCAGCUGGUGGAAAUGCCAUAAGAGUGAUUCCAUGUCAAGGGUACGAACCUGAGCAGAUCUGCAGCUUUCAGAAUGGGUUCAUAAUAAAAACUAGCAGUAGUUCUGCCUGUACGGUGAGUGUCGUCGACUGUCAAGGUGUAAUAGAACACACUGUAACAGUCGAUAACGGUGCUUUCUGCCAUUCUGCAGUAUGUAGCGAAAGGUCUAUCCUCAUCUGUUCAUUCAAGGCUGAUGAGGGGAUACUCACUGUCAAGGAGCACAGUGACGAGUUGGCUCCAGUUAAGACACUCGUUCAUCACCGGAUUGUGAAACCUGAAAGGCACUGGUUUUACCUUCAACAGUUUCGAUCUGGAGAGAUUGCCUUCUGUACGACAGAGAAGAUUUACAUCUUCGAAUAGUUCAGUCAACCACCCCCCCCCAAAAAAAAAAAUGAUGGGUGUUUUGAGCCUUCCCUUCACGCGUAGCAUUCUCCACUGAACCUGGUUCUAUGUUGAAAAAUAUACUGUAAAUAUCGGUUUUCCGCAAAUACAAUGACAUGAAUCAUUACUAAGUUCAUUGAUUACUUGUAUCUUGUCUUCAAAGGACUUGUCCAUCGGUGUCUUCGACCUACAUCAGGAGUUUUGAGACGUUUGUGUUUUCCUUCUACAACACAACUCAUUGCUAAAUGUUGAAGACCAAGAUAGUAGGUGACAUCGACAUAUACUGUAAUUUAUAUGAACAUGAUCAAUGCUGGCUGUUUCAGCUCCCCCCCCCCCGCAACUUUCCGGGGGUCGUUGUCUUACGUCUUUUGGGGGUUCACAACUGACAUGGCAUUUCGUGUUUUCUGUCUGCCAAGCCUUUACCAUGCAGGAUCUAAUAGUGGUAUUGAUAGGUGUGUGCAAUGAUCAUAUUUUAAAGAUCAGUGUUUGGUAGUACAUGUUUAUCGUAUUUUUUAUAAUGACAUUUCAUGAAGUCCAUUUUAUAUAUAUGAUUUAU